GUUGAUCGUAUAAUCGACUGUAAUCUGAACCAACUCCAAAGCCGGAGGCGCCAUAAGUGGUCAGAUUUGAGUGAAUGGCAAGAUACACAUACUAUACACAAAAUCCAGUUACUCACUACCCAGGAGGAGCAUGUCAAACGACCCAAUAUUUCCCCUUCAACGUCUCUUGGAAGUUUUCUUGCGACUAAAUCAUGCUAUCAAUGGACUCUAUGCAUUUCUCCCAGUGCCUCUCUGCGUGGAUUGUCUUUUUCGGCUCGUGCCCGAGCCAAAUCACCUCAACCUCCCGAGAUUGCGAUGUUCGACGCCAGCGCCAGGUCAAGGACGAUGGCACUCACGCCGUACGAAAUGCUGGUCUCGAUAAUCGUCUUUGUGUUGAUAACGGCUAUUUCGUGGAUGAGAUGGCAUUUGUCCUCAUCCAGGGCAAUGGAUUUGUUACGCAAUGUAUGGCCAAUUGUCAUCAAGGCAAGACGGCGCUGGUCAGUUGGGGUUUCUCUGCCACCGAAUUGGAAUGGAGCCGCGAGUGUGUCUAUUCCAACACACUCUUUAGAACAUGUAUCUUUUCAUGGAGACGUUUUGUUUUGUCGUUCGAGCUCGAGACAAGCAUAAGAUCAGUGCGGUACGGAAUCCCGAGUUCCCACAAUGGAAGGUGGGACCUACGGCUGGGUAUUCCAACGAAAGGAGCGGGAUAUGAUAACCGAAUAGAUCUACGCUACUAUGGACAAUCAGUCAAGGAUUGA